CUAAAAGUCAAGAUGCAAACAUUAUUCUUAGUAAUGUCAGAAGAUGAAAUCGAAAAAUUAUCAUCUGGCGUUGCAAAAAACAAUAACAGUUUAAGAAAGGAUGCUUCAGAAACCAAAAAUGAUUCAAAGAGUAAUCUUAAUUCAGAUGGCAAUCCUGAAGAUAUAACUUUGAAAGUUCUUGGAGAAUUUGGAAAAUGGCAAUUAUGGUUGAGUGUUUAUAUGGCUUUAUUAAAAUUGCCAUUAGCGUGGUAUCAGUUAAAUAUCAUAUUUAUGGCACCGCCUCAAGAGUUCUGGUGUGCUAAGCCCGAAUCUUUAACUAUUUUGACAGAAAAAGAAUGGAGACGACUCUGUGCUCCUUUAAUUGAAGAAUACCCUUGUUUGAUUUUCGACCCCGAGAUACUGCUUGUUUUACCGUAUAUGGAGAGAGCACUGAUACCCUUAGUGAAAUGUCCUCGAUUUGUUUACAAUACUACGGUAUUUACACGAACAAUUGCUUCAGAUUGGGAUUUAGUAUGCUCCAAACAUUGGUUAAUCCACCUAACCCAAAGCAUAAUGAUGUGGGGAGUUCUUAUUGGUGGCAUCAUUUUUGGUUUAAUCGCAGAUAAGUAUGGGCGCAAAAUCCCAUUAAUGAUCGGAAUAACUAUACAAUUCAUUGCUAGCUACAUAACUAGUGUUUUACCAUGGUACUGGUUAUUUUUGGUAAGCUGGUUCAUUCUAGCUUUGGCUUCCGGUGGAAUUGGCAUUAUAUCGUUUGUUUUAAGUAUGGAGAUCGUAGGAGGAAAAUGGCGAACAAUAAUACCCAUUGUAUACCAGUUACCUUUUGGUCUUGGGAAUACAAUCAUGGCGAUACUUGCCUAUUGGCUUCGGGACUGGCGAAAGUUGGAAAUUGCUUUGGCCACCCUGUCUUCACUAUUUUUAUUUUACUGGGUGUUAAUAACAGAAUCACCUAGGUGGCUUAUUGCCACGGGCCAAAGUGAAAAGGCUUUAGUGGUAUUAGAAAAUGCAGCAAAACAAAACGGAAGAGAAAAAUUUCUACAAGAUGCGUUACCAUCUUUAAACAUUUAUAAGACUCGCAUUAGAAACGAUCCGGGAUUUAUUGCUUUUAUAAAAUCAGACAGCAUGCGACUUAUAACGUUUUUGCUGUCUUUGAAUUGGUUCUGCACUGGUUUAGAGUUUUACACUUUCUCACAGUAUCUUGGGUUAAUCGGUUCUAACAUUUUCUUAACAGUUGCAAUUAGCGGGCUUAUAUCUGUAUUUGGUGGAAUAGCUUGUCUUUUAAUUGUAACAAAACUUGCACGAAAACCAACAGUUUGGGUAUUUCAAACAAUAACAGCUUUUUGUUUUGUCUUCAUUUUUAUUAUACCAAAAGGUGUAUUUGUAAAUGAUUGGCCACGUCUUUUAUGUGCUGGUUUAGGAUUUGCUGGACUAGCAGGCACGGUACCGGCUUUGUAUUUGUUUUCCGGAGAACUUUUCCCGACCUUAGGACGCAAUGGUGGUGUAGGUGGAGUGACAACAUUUGCUAGGGUUGCUGCCAUGGUCGCACCAGCAGUUGUAAAUCUCGAAGAAUUAAUACCGGACCUUCCUUUAAUACUUCUGGCAAUAAUUUCAUUUGGUCAAUUAGCAUUACUUGUUCCUCUGCCUGAAACAAAGGAUCAACCAUUGCCCGAUACCUUGGAGCAAGCCGAAGAAUUUUAUAAAAAAACAAACAAGGACAAAAAAAGAAAUAAAACAUCUAAACAUAAGACAUAGAAAAGUUUAUUGAACCACUAAAGUAUAUUGGAAUUGACAGUUAUAUAAAAAUAUCUUAUAGUUAGAUGGUGUAUGUUAUAAUAUCCAAUAUUAAAUUGGUAACUCAUAAAAUAUAGUAUAAAAAAUAUUGGUGUUCAUUAUAUUUUAAAUGCUUUCAAAACAUUAUGGUUCACUUUUUAAGCCUAAUCCGAGUGCAUGUUUUAAAUGCGAUUUUCACUUUGUGCAUGUAUUUUAUAGGGGAAAAUACAUUAAUUAUGCUGCAUUAUCAUAAAAUAGAUCUUAUAGUAGCACA